AUGGGGGGCAACAAAACCGAACUCAUCACAUUAAUCAAGAAUGGAAGAGAAAUCAACACGAUCAAAGACCUCCUCAACAAAGGUGCCAAUGUGAACGCCCAAGACUCAGACGGACAGACAGCAAUGAUGAUAGCUACAUCACACGGCUACCACGAAGUAGUCUCCCUACUACUGAAGUACAAAGCCAAAACAGACACGACACACAAAGGACAAACAGCGCUCUUCAUAGCAGCGCAAAAAGGCGACGAGAAUAUUGCCAAACUCCUCCUCCUCAACGGAGCAGAUCCAAAGGGCCCAAAUAUGCGUGGGAAAUCCGCCCUCUCACAAGCAGUCAUAAGUGGAAAUCUGAGCAUGACGCGACUACUAUUGAACUACGGAGCCACUACCAAUGUACUAUGUGCCAACGGCGACACGGCUCUAACAUACGCUGUUGUCAGUGAUAAUAUUGAGAUGACACAAUUGCUACUCGAUCAUGGUACUCCGGUGGAUCAGAUUGGGAUUUCGACUAGGACUUCGCUUUUCAGGGCUGUGUCACUUGGGAAUGUGAGGAUGGCAAAGCUUCUAAUAGAGAAAGGAGCGGAUCCGAAUCGACAGGAUAAUCAGGGAUUGUCGGCUAUGAGGAUAGCUAUGGAGAAUAGGCAGGAUGAGAUUCUCCGCUUGUUUUAUCAAUUUGGGUAUGGGUACCAACAGCCUGGGAUAGGCAUUGGCAGGACUGUGACUGCAAUGGCAGCACUUGACAUCCUGGGUGCCUAG